AUGGCCACCCAAAUCACUCCCUCGAAGCAGACUGCUUCCUCACUCGAGAACCUCAAGAUGAGUGAUUCACCCGUCAAGAAGCUCGACUUCGAGUCGGGUAAGGAGAACGCGCCCGCGUCGCUCAAGUCUGUCGACGCGCCUGUCGAGAAACCCACCGAGAAGUCCGUCGAGGCCCCCAAGGUUGCUCCUGGCAUCAAGGAGCUGGAGGCCACCGAGCCCCUCCUGCAGGAGAACCCCCACCGCUUCGUGCUUUUCCCCAUCAAGUACCACGAGAUCUGGCACAUGUACAAGAAGGCUGAAGCCUCUUUCUGGACCGCGGAAGAGAUCGAUCUGUCCAAGGAUCUGCACGACUGGCACAACCGCCUGAACGAUGACGAGCGGUUCUUCAUCUCGCACGUUCUCGCGUUCUUUGCCGCGUCCGACGGUAUCGUCAACGAGAACCUGGUCGAGCGUUUCAGUGGAGAGGUCCAGGCCCCUGAAGCUCGCUGCUUCUACGGCUUCCAGAUCAUGAUGGAGAACAUCCACUCCGAGACAUACUCGCUGUUGAUCGACACCUAUAUCAAGGAGCCCAAGCAGCGCACCUACCUGUUUGAUGCCAUUGACACCAUCCCCUGCAUUGCCAAGAAGGCCGAGUGGGCCAUCCGCUGGAUCCAGGACCGUGAGUCGACUUUCGCUCAGCGCCUGGUCGCCUUCGCUGCGGUCGAGGGUAUCUUCUUCUCGGGCUCGUUCGCCUCGAUCUUCUGGCUGAAGAAGCGUGGCCUGAUGCCCGGUCUCACCUUCUCCAACGAGCUGAUCUCGCGUGACGAGGGUCUGCACACCGACUUUGCCUGUUUGCUGUUCUCGCACCUGAACCACCGCCCCAGCAAGCAAGUCGUUGAGAACAUCAUUGUCGAGGCAGUGGGCAUUGAGCAGGAGUUCCUGACGGAUGCCCUGCCCGUGGCCCUCCUGGGCAUGAAUUCCAAGCUGAUGUGCCAAUACAUUGAGUUUGUUGCCGACCGCCUUCUGGUGUCUCUUGGCAACAAGAAGUACUACAACUCGGCCAAUCCCUUCGACUUCAUGGAGUCGAUCUCGCUGGCGGGCAAGACCAACUUCUUCGAGAAGCGCGUCGGUGACUACCAGAAGGCCGGUGUCAUGGCUAGCACCAAGAAGGAGGCCAACCCCGAGGGCGAGCAGACCUCCAACAACGACAGCGGCCUCAACUUUGAUGAGGACUUCUAA